AGGUUCAUGAAAAUGUAAAUACAGGAAGCGGCAUUUUCAAGUGUGCUACGUACGUAUAUUGGGUGAUUUUAUCCGCAACGCAGCCAUGUAACAAUACGUCAUAGUAGACACCAAGAAAGAAACAGCUUAUGAUUGUGCUUAAAUUUCAGGAUUCACAAGAUUUUUGUGAUUCUCAAUAGUCGUACAGGCGUUACGAAAAGGCAUAACCAGUGGAAUAUUUUUCAUGUUUGACUUCGUUUUCACUAAACAUUAAUAAUACAUAACCUGUCCUUUCUUUUGUAGAUCUUUUCAAAUUACAAUAUGACUUGGCAAUUACAAUGCAUAACGAUCGGUCCCCUGGCAUCUGUCAACUACUUAUACAAUAUAACGUUUUUUUUCUUUUCAAUAAAUUCCUUUGAACACGUACCACUUUUAACGUCGAUCGCACUUGUCGUGUGGUGUGUUAUAUAAAUAAUGGCGAACACAGACGUUUGGGGUUAGACCAAAUGUGUGUCAAAAGUUGAAGCAAAAUUAGAUAAAUCGGUGUGUAUUAAAGCGAAAAGUAGACAGUUCGGCCUGUAUUUAUAUGUCCGUUUCGAAAGGCGAACAUAGUCCGUUCUCCCCUCAAUGGGUCAACCGGAAAUUAUAUACGCUCAUGUUAGUCAUAUAUACACCCAGAGAAUUGAACACAGAUUCUCCAUUGGUCAUUGACGAUUCGGGAUCUGAAAUUAAAGUACAGGAACCGAUCACAGAUUGCAAUAAAUCAUGGUUACUUUUGGGUUUAAAACAGAGUGGUUUCGGAAAAGGACGAUGGAACGGAUUUGGUGGUAAAGUCGAAUUUAGUGAUGCGAACCCAAAAGCUGCUGCACUUCGAGAACUGAAUGAAGAGUCUGGUUUAACACUUGAUGAGUCUUCCGUUGACGAAGUUGGUCGUCUAUGGUUUACUUUCGCUGAGACAUUGGAGUGUAUGGAAGUACAUGUGUUUAUCUGCCGAACAUGGACACCUACACUUAAUGGUCAUACGGUUAAAUGGCCUUGUUAUACAGAAGAAAUGCAUCCAGCUUGGUUUCCACUUAUAAUGAAUAAAGAUAAUACAAUAAAUACAUCAUCUUUACCAUGGGAACAUAUGUGGCCUGAUGAUUUGUUAUGGGUUCCUGAUAUACUUCAAGGAAAUCUUAUUCUAGCUUGGUUUCAUUAUCUUCGACUUUCUAAUCUGUCGAUUACGAAUAGUCAAAAUUUAGUUGAUCGGUCAAGUGAAACUAAUGGGAUCUCUAUUGACUUAUAUGAAAUACCAGCUUAUCAUUUGGAAUCAUUUACUACUGAUGAAAAUGAGUUAUUGUCUGCUGAGAAAGAUGUCGAAGUCAAUUUACGUAUGGAACAAAAAUGGAAAUCACAUUCUGAUUAGUCAUUUGACUUUUUUGUUAAAGUGAAUCAAAACAACUUUAGGAAUUUUGUUUCAACCAUUGAGUUAUCAAUUGUAAUUUGCAUAAUUGGUAUCUUCUAAUUUUAUUCGUUCUGAGUAGUCGGUAGUCAUUCCUUUCUAUCUUUGUAAUGAGUAACAUUAUAGAUUUUCAUAUGAAUAUUGCUAGAUCCAUAUUCGUAAUUUUUAAAAGACUCUGUUAAUGAAGAGAUAAUUGUCACAUAGAUUGCAGGUUCUAUGAGUCUGACCAUAGCAAUUUCUAUCAUUGAAUAACACUACUCUAUUGAAAUAAUCAAUAUGUCUUCGUGAAUGUAUAUCUUUACACAUAAAUGAUCAUUUGUUACAACUGUAAUCCAGCAUAAUUGUGAUUAUGUUCUUUUAUUUUAAAAAUCAUGAAGUCAUUUGUCAUUCAAUAAACACUGACUAAUUAUAUUAAACUUUUAAUUGAUAAAAUGUAAUUGUCUGUCUAAACUUGUUUUGUCUCACAAACAUUGAUUUAUAUGUGAAUGAUUGUAGAUUUUGUUAUUAGAAUUUUUAGUGUAAUUAGUUAGAGAAUUAUUGAAAAUUCAAAAGUACUGAACAGUUCACUUGAUAUUGUUUUACUUGA